AUGAGCCAAAAAGACCUGAUUUCUUUAAUUAGUGAGUGUCUCAAGCCAGUAAAAACUGAAAUUGCUCGCUUGACUAAGGAGGUAGAAGACCUGCAAGUUGAAGUGCUGAAUCUAUCCAAAGACAUAACACAAAAAGAUAAGAAAAUUGAGGAGCUCGAAGGAAGGUUAGAAGAGCAUGAACAAUACUCCAGACGCAACAAUCUGAGAAUCUUUGGUGUUACUGAAUCCCCCAAAGAAAACACUGAUGAUCUUGUGGUAAAAGUGGCUCAGAAGAUCAAUGUGGAUAUUGAUGUUUCUCAGAUUGACCGCUCCCAUCGCAUCGGCAAACCCGGCUCCAAGCCUAGACCGAUAAUAGUGAAAUUUAUUGGUUAUGGCCCCCGUCAUGCCAUGUUCAGGGCGAAAAAGGCUCUGAAGGGAUCUGGCAUUACUAUCCGAGAGGACUUGACAAAGCAGAGGUUGGACCUACUGAAGGGGGCGGCUGAGGUCUACUUUGAGAAAAAUGUCUGGUCUCAUGAUGGGGUCAUAAUGGUUAAAAUUGGUGAUCAUCGACCCUUCCGCCUGAAAAGAAGCAGUGAAUUGGAUUCACUAAUGGAAAAACAUGAACCUCCUUCAUAA